AUGGCAGACGGGCUGUGUGUGGAAGGGACGGCAAAUAACGAUAAUGGUACUGCAGUGAAAGAGACUGUAGAUUUACUUGGAAUGUCGCAUAAAGAUAGUUUAAACAGUAAGGGACUGAACAGCUUAAAAUCGACGUUUUAUAUUAACGGUGAAAGUGGAGAAUUAUGUUCCAAUUUUCGAGUGAAUGGCGUGGUGACUUUGGGUGUGCACGCUUCUAGAGAUAUGCUUUGUAGUGCUAACACGGAACAUGUGGAUUUUACAUCCCUCUGCCCGGACGCCGGAGACAAUUGCAGGAAGAAAAGAUGUGCUGACCGAUACGAUAGCUCCGAGAGUUCUGAUAGGUAG